AUAUCAUCAGCCGCUGAAUUCCCGUCGAGGAGGAGGAAUCGUGUGUACAUGCGAGCCGAACCAGGGUCACCUUUUCCCAUUUCUGUGAUUUUAACCCUUCUACAGCAACAUUAGCUUUAUUUCGUAAGGCGGGUUUGGUGUUAGUCGUUCUCCGUUGACGUGUGUUCGCACUCCGCCCGCCUGCCAAGCUAACAUUUAGCGGCAGAUGACAGUGACAGGCUGGGUGUUGGUAGCCGCUCGGCGAUAAGAGAUAAAAGUGGGUUAAAGGCGGCUGUCAGGGGCAGAUAAAAGCAAUAAUAACGGUCUGAUCUGGACAAUGUAGCGACCACAAGCUCCACAGACGAACGGCGGAGGGCUCGGCGUGUUGACCAACCGGCUGGAGCACUAACAUGUUUCCCCUGGUGGACUCGCCGAGCAGGAAACAAAUCAGGCACUGAGUCCGGCUGGACGACACGGAAAUACACAGAUUUAUUGAUUUUUAUUAUUUUAUUUUUUUUACUGGUUGUUAAAUUUCCCAAGCAUCGGAUCAGUGACUGACAACUGGGACAAUGCGGCUUUUAAUCCGGCUGUCAAACUGCACGCACAGGAUGCAUCUGUGCAGACUGAAGCUGACCCAGUCCAGGCUGUUGUGGCUGGAGCACCGGCCGGCUGGAGCGGCUGCCCUCCGGAGGAAGAGGCAGUCCACCGGGGUGAAGUCUUCGGUCCAUCCGGCUGCUGCCUUCUCUCCCUGCUCCUCCAGGACCUUCUUGACGGUGCUGCCCUACAGACCAGUCACAGCUCUGGGCUCACACACACCUCCAGGCCGAACGAGGACACACACACCUGUUGCCUUCGCCAGCUCCUCAGCAGCCUCCACAUCAGCCGGGUCAGUGAAGACCCAGACGGACACAGAGAAGACUCCCACCACCGUCCCCCUGCAGGAUGUCAGAAGGAUUAUGCGACUUGCCCACCCAGAGAGAUGGACGCUGGCAGCUGCUGUAGGCUUCCUGACUGUCUCCAGUGCAGUAAGCAUGUCGGCUCCCUUCUUCCUGGGCAGAGUGAUUGACACCAUUUACACCGCUGGAGCAGACACGGAGACGAUGACGGCCUCUCUAACGUCGCUGUGCAUCAUGCUGACGGGAGUGUUCCUGUGUGGUGGAGCAGCCAAUGCUGCCAGAGUCUACCUCAUGCAGGCUUCAGGCCAACAGAUUGUUCGUAAUCUCCGCGCCUCCGUCUUCGCCUCCAUCCUCAGACAAGAAGUGGCAUUUUUUGACAGGAAUCGGACGGGCGAGCUCAUCAACCGGCUCUCCGCGGAUACGGCGGUGGUGGGCCACUCAAUCACAGACAACCUGUCAGACGGGCUGAGAGCCGUCGCCCAGGCAGCUGCUGGUGUCAGCAUGAUGUUCUACAUCUCCCCCAGUCUAGCAAGCUUUGUGCUGCUCAUUGUCCCUCCUUUGGCCGGUCUUGCUGUGGUCUAUGGCAGAUACCUUCGCUCCAUCUCCAAACACACCCAGGACGCACUCGCACAGGCCACACAGUUGGCAGAGGAGCGAAUUGGCAACCUGCGGACGGUCAGGGCGUUUGGUAAAGAGCUGUCAGAAGUCGACACGUACACACUGAAGACGGACCACGUCCUCAGACUGGCUAGAAAGGAGGCUGUGAUGCGAGCUGGCUUCUUUGGAGUGACUGGCCUCAGCGGUAACCUCAUGAUCCUGGCAGUUCUCUACAAAGGAGGCCUUCUGAUGGCCAGUCAGCACAUGACUGUGGGAGAGCUCUCAUCGUUCCUCAUGUAUACCUUCUGGGUGGGCAUCAGUAUCGCAGGUCUGAGUUCAUUCUACUCUGAGCUCAUGAAGGGUUUUGGAGCGGGAGCAAGACUGUGGGAGCUGCUGGACAGAAAACCAGAGUUUCCACUAAAUGAAGGCCAAGUCCUCCCUGCAGACCAGCUGAAAGGCCAGCUAGAGUUCUGUGAUGUCUCUUUUUCGUACCCGACACGUAAGGAGGCUCCUAUUUUCCAGAAUCUCAGCCUCUCAGUCCCGGCUGGUACCAUUAUGGCGGUGGUGGGGUCCAGCGGGUCGGGGAAGUCAACCCUGGUCUCACUGCUGCUCAGGCUGUACAACCCAGAUGCUGGUAUCAUCACUGUAGAUGGUCGUGACAUCAAGGACCUAAAUCCCUACUGGCUAAGGAGUCACAUUGGAACCGUCAGCCAGGAGCCGGUGCUGUUUUCCUGCUCCAUUAGAGAUAAUAUAGCCUACGGUGCUGUGGACCCAGAUGCUGUGACCACUGAGGACAUCUACAGGGCUGCCAGAGUGGCCAACGCCUAUGAUUUCGUCCAGAGGUUUCCUAAGGGCUUUGACACUGUGGUUGGGGAGAAAGGAGUGCUGCUGUCAGGUGGUCAGAAGCAGAGAAUAGCCAUCGCCAGAGCUCUGCUCAAGAAUCCUAAGAUCCUGCUUUUAGAUGAAGCUACCAGCGCACUGGAUGCUGAGAAUGAGUUCCUCGUCCAGGAGGCCUUGGAGCGUCUGAUGGAAGGGAGGACUGUAGUGAUCAUCGCCCACCGUCUGUCCACCAUUAAGAACGCAGACGCCGUCGCUGUGCUCGACCAGCAACGCAUAGUGGAGUGCGGGCAGCCCACAGAGCUGCUGGGAAACAGGCAAGGACUGUUCAGGAAGCUGAUGGAGAAACAGGCGUUUCUACAGGAAGAACAGCAGCGAGCGCUUCUCUGAGAGGACGAGGAGCGCAGAACAGUGCAAGAAACCAGGAGGUGAGCUCAGUGGCUGGGAAUAACGGGCUUCGCUCCACAUUGGGUUGAAGUGCCCCCCUAUGCUGUGUCACUGCUGAAAGGACUACAGUAAGUAGCAUCACAUGAAGAACCAAGAACUGCAGCGUGGAUCGGUGAAUUCUAAGGAACUGUUUUGAUAUCUCACUCUGCACUGAAAAAGGAAAACAGAAACAGGAGGCUCUUGGUGACUCUGAUUUAAAUCAGUGUCACUGUUUUACGCAGGUCAGGCACACGAGUGGACUGUGCAGAAUCAUUACAAAACCAAAACCAGUCCAUUUGGAGUUAUACAGACUACUAAAUGUAUAUUUGUUUAUGUGUUUGUGUCCGUAUUAUUGAUUUUUUUUUUUAUUAUUGACUUUUACUGUCAUUUUAGAGUCUAAACAAGUGAAAGCAGCUACAUGUGGUAUUUACACUGUGUUGUAAAGCAGGACUGAACGCUAUUCUGAUAUAUUUUGAUUAAUAUAUGCACACUUGUCACAAAACAGUAAUAGUGACAGUCCUGAAAAUCAGAGCUGAGGUGCUAUAUAUCUGAAAUUCAUAUUUUCUUAGCAAAAGGCUUGGUUUAAAUCCUGAGUCAUAUUAAUGGUGGGAAGGUUUUGCUUGUUCUUUUGCAUUCAGUCAGUCUUUAGUUGUUGCGUUGGAUUUAACUGACAGCCGUGAAACUGCUGAUCUUUAUAUGUCAAAACAAAACUGGGCACAGUUAUCUGGGGAAGUCUACUGAGGUCUGCUCAACAGCCUCCUUCCUGGUUGGUGGUAUGUCUGUCAUCUCAGCAAUGACCUCUAAAUCCACAAGUCCUUCGUCAUAUCUCAUUACUCCUCUUCAAAAUGGUACCCUCUGCGAAUGUAAUCUCACUCAACCUUCUUGGUACAGUUUGGAAAAACUGAAACCAGCGUUACAGACGUGCUCAGUGCUCUGCUCGGUGUUUACAGGAUGUGCACUUGACCAGCCUUAAAUUCUACAUAAACAGCUCUAAAACCGCCGACAUGUUAGCCACGGCGCUGUUAAGCCAGCUAAAUAUUAUAGCUGGCAUGGAGAGGCUGACUAAGAAGCCAUGAUUCUCCUCAGUAAAUAUUUGGCUUCUAAAUGUCCACUUUACUGCUCACUGAGAGCAGUACAGCUGUGUCAGAGGGGUUUUUUUUUUUUUCUUUUUCUUUUUAGUCCGGACAUCCAAAUACCCUGAGCUUAACUUCUCCAUAUUCACAGUUGUUUGAGUUGGUGGAGCCAUGAGAAAUGACAUGAAGUUGGAAAGUGGAAAUUACCGAACAAGAGGCUUCAGUUGAUGCUCGCGUCUGAACUGUGUCGCUGGAAAGAGUUUGAGUUUGGUGCAUAUCACAGAUACAUGUACAAAAAAAAAGAUGAAGAAUUUAUUUGAAUUAAGUCUUGAGGGAAGAGAAUGAAGAAUCAAACUGCAGUUAUAUGAUGUGUGUUGGUCUUUUUGAAACUGCUCAAACACUGCAACAGUAAAUGUUAAAGUCAGGGUUAACCAGGUGGCUGAUUGGUUGAGGUGAAUGCCAUGUGGACGUGUGCCUUCUGAGUGUUCGAUCCCCGGUUUGAGUCUCAGUAUCUGUUCUUUCUCUACACUGUCCCCGUGAAAGGAAGAACUAGUUUUCCCGCUAGCAUUCUAGGACCACUUCACUUCCAAUAUAAACACAUGAAGACUCUCAAAUCAGUGUGUGAUGGCUCAUAAGAGAGUUUAAAAUCUUCUCAACCCAGCAUUUUUUACUGGCCUCAUGAUGUUGCAUGUUUGUUCAUUACAGUGUGUCGACUGUACGGCAGCAGAGUUGGAGCUCUGUUCUUUAUGUUCAUCAGCAUAUCCAUCACAACAGAUUUAUCGUGAUUCUUGCUUUUUUUUUUUUUCUUUAUUCGUUGCUUCACCGAAACAGCAAGUCGUUUUUUACUUGAAUCGCAUGAGAUGCUAACGACAUCGUGACAUGUUCGUCCACAUUUUGAAGCUCAGUGUCGCUUCAGAUGAUGCCUUGACGUCGCCUCUGUUUCGUGUGCAGUGAUCUUGCCAAACCGUGUCAGUUAAAAAAAAACGUAAAUGAAAAGAAGUGAAGUUUUGGUGAAGGUUGAAGUCACUCAUCACCUCACUUCACUCUGCACUAAAUUCUGAAGGGAUUUCAAAGUUUAUCAGCUGAUUAUUGAUCCAUGUACUGAUGCAAAUCACAGAACACAGAUGGGACUUUCUUUGUAUCUAAUGAGAUAGAAAUAUAUAUAUAUGAUAGAUUUUUAAUGAUUUUUGUGUUUGUUAAGUUAUUAUACUUUUAUGUAAAGAUGAAUAAAGUGAAAUAUUAAUAGUU